AUAAUAGUUUUGGAUAAAAAAUGGAAGGGCAAAAGCAAAUGGAUAUGGAGUUAUCGUGGCAACUCCUUAUUCGAAAUUUCGAAGCUUCCUUCAGAUAUGGCAAAAGCGCGAACAUCACUCCCUCAAUUUCUACAGUGGUGAUUAUUGAUGAAAGUAAAGAAUAAAGGUUUGGGUUAUCAAUGCCAUUGUUUUUUUCCACUUUAAAAGCAGAAUCUGUAGUGUGCUAUUAUUAUAUUUGGAGGUUCGCUAUAUGUUGUCAUGCAAAAGCAGAAUAUUCUAUAUGCCAAGGCUUUCGGUUUUGGAAAGAAUUCUGACAGACAAAUUAGGUCAAGAAUUCCACAUGUAGCUCCAAGGAUCUCAAAAUCGCAUCUCGUACCGGCCAAAAUUGUAUCCAUUACUCGAACUGUAAGCUUGGACUACCUGAAAAACAGUGACACUUCCUUCUUGCAACCUGGAAGAUUAAUCAAAUUAAGUGUGGCUGAUGGAAAUAAUCUCGGCGAGUUAUCUGAUGAAGACGACGAGGAUCUUUGUCCUGUGGAAUGUGUUAAAGAGUUUAAGACUGAUGAGGAAUUCUUCAAGAUUCUUGAAAAGGCCAAACAGGCUGAUUCUUUAGUGGUGGUAGAUUUUUAUCGCCGUUCUUGUGGAAGCUGUAAGUAUAUUGAGCAGGGGUUUGCUAAAAUAUGUAGAGGUGCUGGUGAGGAUGAGGCUUCUGUGAUUUUCUUGAAGCAUAAUGUAAUCGAUGAGUAUGAUGAGCAAUCUGAGGUUGCUGAACGGCUUAGAAUCAAGACAGUGCCCCUUUUCCACUUCUACAAAGGUGGAGUUCUGUUGGAAGCAUUCCCUACAAGAGACAAAGAGCGGAUUACUGCAGCAAUUCUUAAAUAUUCAUCUCCUGCGUCUCAAGCCGCAUGAACUAUGUAUAUUCUGGCUAUUUUUCAAACUUUUAUCUGAUAGAAGAAUAAUUGAAAUUCUUGGGGUUGAGAUAAACAUGAUCAAGUUAUAUGGAAUAUGUGUAUCUGUAAUAAUACCAAAAAAAGUAUUGUCUUUGAGUGUGAAAAGUUAAAAUCUUUUAUCUUGUUUA